AUGACAGUCAAUAGUACACGCUCUUUAAGAAAACAUGUUCAACGUUCAUUAGGUAAUGAUUUUGUUGAACCACCUUCGAUUAUGUCAACUAUGGUAAAUGAUGAAGUCGAUGACGAUGAUGAUGAUGAUGGAACUGAAGAUUUUCAACCACGAGCUGCAUCAUCUAAAGGACGACCACGUGGUGGAGGUGCAAAACAAUCACGAACAGGACGAAAACCAAAUUCAAUUAUAAAUCAAGUUGAUGAUGAAUCCAUGGAAACAAGUUCAAUUACAAAGACAACAACAAGUAAUACAACAUAUGCGGAUCAACAAUCCGAAGAAAAAGGAUAUUUUCAUCAUUUAUUGGCCGGUAAAACUAAUAUACAAGUAUUAGUCGAUCAAUGGAUUGAUUCUUAUCAAGCUAAUCGUGAUGAAGCAUUAAUUGAAUUGAUGCAAUUCUUUUUGGACUCUAGUGGUUGUAAAGGAAAAUUAACACAAGCUAUGUAUUUAAAAAUGGAGCAUGUUGAUAUGUUACGAUCAAUGACUGAACAUUUUGAUGAGGAUACAUCUGAAUAUCCAAUAGUAAUGUCUGGUUUACAAUAUAAAAAAUUUCGUUUAUCAUUCAGUGAAUUCGUUGUUCUAUUAAUUAAACAAUCAUCGUAUUCAGUCAUCUAUGAUCAAUAUAUGAUCGAUAAUCUUGUAACAUUAUUAACUGCUCUAUCGGAUUCGCCUGUUCGCGCUUUUCGUCAUACUGGAACUUUAGCUGUUUUAAAAGUUAUGACAGCACUUGUUGAUAUUGCAUUAACAAUAAGUAUACAAAGAGAUCAAUGUCAACGACAAUAUGACGCUGAACGACAAAAAACAAGUGCAAAACGCGCUGCUGAUCGACUUGAUACAUUAACAACUAAACGAAAAGAGCUUGAGGAAAAUGAAAAUGAAAUCAAGAGUUUUAUGAAUUUUAUAUUUAAAGGUGUUUUUAUUCAUCGUUAUCGAGAUGUUGUACCUGAUAUUCGAUGUUUAUGUAUGAGUGAACUUGGUGAAUGGAUGAAGAGUUAUCCGAUGGUUUUUCUCGACGAUAUUUAUCUUAAAUAUAUCGGUUGGACUUUAUAUGAUAAAGUUGGAGAUUGUCGUCUACGUUGUUUGCUUGCAUUAAUACCAUUAUUUCAAACAACAGAUUUUGUUGGUAAACUUGAAUUAUUUACAAAUCGAUUCAAAGAUCGUAUUGUACAAAUGACAGUUGAUUGUGAAUAUGAAGUAGCUGUACAAGCAGUCAAACUUUUAACAGCUGUAUUGAAAUUUAGUGAACGAAUCCUUGAAGAUAAAGAUUGUGAAAAUAUUUAUGAACUUGUUUAUCAUUCACAUCGACAAAUCUCGCAAGCAGCUGGAGAAUUUCUUAAUCAAAAAUUAUUUCAUAAAGCUGAACAACCAUCGAAUUCAUCAAAACGACGUAGUCAAAAUACUGCUUUUAUGUAUUUACUUGUACAAUUCUUUAUUGAAAGUGAACUUCACGAGCAUGCAACUUACUUAGUUGAUUCAAUGUGGGAUCAACAUUUAAUGAUGAAAGAUUGGGAAUGUAUGACAGAUAUAUUACUGGAAGCACCCGAUCAAGAAGAAGAUCAACUUGACGAUCAACAUGAAAAUGCACUUAUUGAAAUUAUGGUUUGUUGUGUACGUCAAGCUGCAACAGGCGAAUAUCCAAUAGGUCGUGGACAACCAAAUCGAAAAUUAACUAUGAAAGAACAAAAACAAAAAGAAGAUGAUAAAAAAGUGUUAACUGAUCAUUUUAUUAGUACUUUACCACGAUUACUCAAUAAAUAUGUUGCUGAUGCCGAUAAAUUACUAAACUUAUUACAAAUUCCAUUGUAUUUUAAUUACGAAGUUUAUACAACAACACGACGAGAACGCGAUCUUGAUGUUUAUCUAAAUGCAUUGAGUGACAUUGUACAACGACAUACAACAGCUGAAAUUUUUGAUGCUGUCUCAAAAUGUUUUGAAUGCAUAUGUGAUGUUAGUUUCACAUUAUCAAAUAGAGCUAUUGCAUAUCGAGGAAAUAUUAUUGAUAAAAUCCUAGCAAAUUUUAAUGCAGCUAUGGGUAUUUUUGAAGAAAUGGAUGAAGCAGAUGAAGAUGAUUUAUAUCCAUUGUUACUUAAUUUACGAAAAAUAGAUGCAUUUCAUCAAUGUUAUGACCUAGGAAAUGUUGACUUAUGGGAUAAAAUACAUUUGCUGUUUAAAGCAACGGUUGAUAAUGAAGAUAUGUCACCAGAGAUUGCUGAUAAAUGUUUUGGUAUUGCUAAUCGUAGCAUACUUUGGGGAUUAUAUCAGUUAGAUAUACAAUUCGAUAAGGAUUUAUUGAAAAAACUUGUUAAACGAAGUCGUAAAUUAUGUACAUUAUGUCAAAAAUUAAUGUUACAUACGAAUACUCAAAUAUGUCAUUAUGCAUAUUCAACAUUAUGUGACUUAUUGAUUAGUUUGAGUCCUCAUUUAGUUGAUAAAAAUCCGGAUUAUCAAUCGCUUACCAUUGAAAUUAAUGAAAAUCUUAUUCAAUCAUUAUUAACAUUUUUAAAUACGUAUAUCUUUUUUGCAGAAGAGCCUAAAAAUCAAGAUGAACAAGCUAAAAUUGAAACUCUUCAUAAAAGACGUAAUCUUCUUGCUGCCUACUGUAAAUUAAUUGUACAUAAUGUGUUACCAAUUCAAGCUGCAACAAAUAUACUAAAAUACUAUGUUAAAUAUAGCAACGAUUUUGGUGAUCUAAUUAAAAAUACAUUUACACGUGCUCGCGAUAUUUCUAAAAUUCAUACUGCUAAAACCAUGGCUUAUAGUCUAAUGGCUGUUUUUAAAGAUUGUGUUGCUAGUCGUGAUGCUGCCCAACAAACAGCGGGAAACGAUGCAGUUAUUAAUAUUGAUCUAUCACCAUUAAGAGAAUUAGCGCGUCGAUUCAAUCUUUCAUUUGGUCUUGACAUGGCUAAACAACGAGAAGCACUAGCUGCUCUUCAUCGUGAAUCUAUUCGUUUUGCAUUGACACCUUUAUUCAAUCACGAUGAUCCAACACAACCUGGUCCAAAUGUUCUCUUCCUUGAAGUAUUACCCGAAUUUUCUUCGAAACUUCUUAAACCAGAUAAAAAAGCAAUUUUUGAUCAUGUUGAUAAACUCAUUCAUAGUGCAACGAUCGAAGGUGAUGCAUGGCAACCAUUAAUUAAUUAUCGUCGUAUACUUAAUGAUGAGCCUGGCUGCGGUGUUGCUCCUAAAACUCGUGCAUCGACAACUACUCGAGGUCGAAAACGUGCAAUACCACAAGAUGACGAUAAUUCUCGAUCAUAG